AUGGCUCCAAGAACUUUUCGUUGGUCGAAACGUGAUUGUUUAUCACCUGAUACAGAAUCAAUUAACUUAGUCACUCUUGUAUUUGAAAAUUCAGAAUUGUUUGAAGCUGAAGCAGCUGAAUUAAGCGUUGAAGAAUCAGAUGAUUCUUCUUCUCUGCUUAUUAGGAAUGAUGGUAUAUUUGGUGAAAUUGGUCCAGAGGAAUAUGGCACAAUACCAAGAAGUUUUCAUUUAGGAUUAUCAACACAUAGUUUAGCAACAACUUCGAUCAUAACACCAACUCACCAUGCACAAACAAUUGAGUAUAAUAUGAUAUCCACCUCGUCAUCUGAUUCCUUUGAGGAUAUAGGUGAAUUGAAUCUUAAUACUGAUAAACAACAUAACACUGACCGACUGCUGGAUUUUCUUUCUACACUUCCUGUCCAUAUUUUAAGUGCAAUCUGCCAGUCAAAUCCAUCUUGUUCACCUUCUAAAUGGCCAUGGCAUUUACUGGCUUAUACUGAUUCUCCAGCUUUUGUAAGAGCAGUUACUUCCGAUUUAAGUCGUUUUUGGAAUUUUAUCAAUGGAAACUUUAAUAAAAGAUCAGAUUUGAUUGACGUUACGUCUUGUGAUUUAGCAUGUGAUCUUACAACAUGCCAGUUUUUAUGUUGUCAAGCUGAGGUUGAAUUGAUUCGAUGUACUGCCAUACCUAUCCCAAAUGAUCAAAUAAAGUAUUCUAUUCCUUCAACUUCAGUACAAAUAGAUGGAGGCGAUAAGAGGAAACGUCAUUCUAGUGGUCUUAAGGUAGUUCCAAUUUUCUGUCAUCAUAAUCAGUUGACGAUCCACGAUGAACAUAAUAUUGUCAUACUCCCUCUAUCUGGUCUUCAUCCAAACCUGUUACAAGAUAAUCAAUUAUGCCACUCAACAUUUACGGCUGUCUACCUACUUUUAAUUAAUGAUAACGCCCAAUCUGGAACUGAUCCAAGUGAGGAUUUUAUGACAUUUGGCAUGAAUACAUCUCAUAUCAGUAACUCUGGAAUGACUUGUAAUUAUAACCCUGUGGGAGAUGGUACACCAGAUACAAACGGUCAUGCAGCAGACGCAUCAGUAAUCCUUGCUCUUCUGGUCCAAAUUUUACCUUCAAAUCAAUUCUCUUGUCCAAUUACAAUCAAACAUAAAUUUAGUCAAUUUUCUACACCAUCACUUUCCUCCUUGUCCAACGGUCAGCAGUUUACUGUACUUUUAGCCGUAGUGGAUUUAAUAGUUAAUAAAACUGAUCACGGUGACUUUCAACUAAGUGCAAUCCUACAUCAACGUUUUCACUACCUACCUGACUUGAAAUUUGAAUUAGUUCUUUGCGAUAAAACAUAA